AUGUUCUCCAGGUCGCUACACAGGGCCUCCAAAAAUUGCAGACGUUUUCCACAACAGCGUCUGCACUCGCAGCGGUUUUUCACACCGUCGCAGUCCAAUUCCAAACCGAGUGCAACUUUUAAUAGUGUUCUGACCGGUCUAUCUCUGGCCGUUGGUCUCUCAUUGGGAUUUUACCUGGCACCCGCUAGCAACAGCUCCAAGCAGGUUUUUCCCCUGUCUUCUGUAACCCCUCUGGACGAGCUUCGUUCGCCUCAGUACGGAAAUCAUGAAGAUUUGGUCAAAUGUGUGCAAGAAAUUAGCCAAAUACUUGGAGAGAAUGCUGUUAAAAAUUCAGAUGCCGAACUCGACCACCACACAGACAAUGGCUUCAACCCUUCCAAACCACUGCCGCACCAGAGACCUAAGUACGUUGUUUACCCCACAUCCACAGAGGAGGUCUCUGAUGUGAUGAAAAUAGUGAACAAAUACAGCAUCCCAGUGGUACCGUACUCCGGAGGAACGUCAUUGGAAGGACAUACUUAUUCCACAAGGCCUGGCAUUGUUCUCAACACUUCUAAAAUGAAUAAAAUCUUGCAGGUGAACGUGGACGACCUUGACGCAGUGGUGCAAGCUGGUGUUGGCUGGCAGCAACUCAAUGAACACUUAUCGAAACAUGAAAAUAUGGAAGCAUUAAUGCUCGGUUGUGACUGUGGUCCAGGUGCCCACAUUUGUGGAAUGGUAAGCACCAAUGCCUCGGGUAUCAGUGCCACGCGUUAUGGGUCUAUGGCCUUGAACGUUAUAUCUAUAAAGGCCGUUCUUGCAGACGGCACAAUUAUCAAGACCAAGCACAGACCGAGAAAAUCUAGCGCAGGUUACAACUUGACCGGUCUUCUGGUGGGGAGUGAGGGAACGCUUGCCGUCGUCACCGAGGUUAUUGUGAAAUUGCAGGUCAAACCCGCUUACGAAACAGUAGCUGUUGUCCAAUUUCCCUCUGUUAAUGACUGCACCAGAUCUAUGGCCUCUUUUUUCAAAAGUGGCAUCCCGCUCAACGCUGUGGAGCUGUUAGAUUCCGAUAUGAUGCGCUGUGUCAACUACAGUGGGCUCGUGUCGAGAAAAUACGAAAAUAUUCCAACACUAUUCAUCAAGAUCGGCGGUUUGAACAAGACAGUUGUCGGUGAAUACAUCAAGGAAAUCAGGUCUAUUUCACAUGCUAAUAAAUGCGUCAUGUUUGAGUUCGCAAAGUCAUCUCAAGAGGCCGAAGAGCUAUUUUCGGCAAGAAAGAAUGCUUUGUAUAUGAUGCUGGAUUACGCCUACAACGAGAUCAGUCCAGACGCUAAAAUGUGGAUUACAGACUGCGCUGUACCGCUCUCAAAAUUGGCAUCCACCUUGGAAGAGCUCAAUGAAAUGAUGAAAGAAUACCCCAUGCAGCAUAUGGUUCUGGGCCAUGGUGAUGCCAACUUACAUUACGAUAUCUUUUACACUCCUGACCAGUACGAGAUGUGCAAAGAAGCCGUUGAAAAAAUGGCCAAGCUCACCAUCGCUAACGAGGGAACUUGCUCCGGAGAACACGGAAUUGGAGCUGGAAAAAGAGCCCUGCUAGAAACUGAGCUGGGCGAGGACACUAUAUCCAUGAUGCGAAAACUGAAAUUGGCUCUCGACCCUAAGCGUCUACUCAACCCAGACAAGGUAUUCAAGAUUGAUCCUCUCGAUGAAAGCAAUGAAUAA